AUUGAGCUUAUUAAUGUUUAAAAAUGUUUGAAAUGAAAUGUUUUUCAUGGAUAUAUGGUAUGCACUAUACAUGAAUGUUAUAAGUGAAUUGCGGAAGAAAAACAAACGAUAAAUGUAUCUCCGACUUUCGACUUCCUCUUGUUCAAUUAUUUUUUUCAAUAUCACUGGCUCUUAAAAUUAAUGAAUGUUGUAUUGAUGUAGUAUCUUCCAAAUGAUCGGCAAUUAAGCGUCGAUUAUUAUUUAACUGCUCAGCAAGUAAUGUCAUAAAUAGCCACUUCUUCGUAGCAUCGAUAGCCAUUGAGCCAUUCUCUUCUGACCGGCGUCGAGUACAGCAGAGUUUCUAUAUAGCGUCGGAAUCAAUACAGUUUAAGAAAAAGCUAACUUCAAUCAUAAUGAAGUGGUUUCUCUGUGCCGUUCUUGUCGCCCUCAUGGAAGUGUCGUACUCAGCUAAGAUUGUGUACAGAGAAAAUGAUGCUCCUGGUGGCUGCGUAUGGAAAGACGUUGUCCAAAAAGUUGGUUGCUACAGAGACGGUGGGGGAGGAGGUGGUAGUGCGAGACCUCUGACUGAAGAACUGGUCAACAUCCGGGAUCCUACUAACCCCGCAUACGUAAAAGAUCUUCAUUUAAUCUGGAAUAAUUGGCAAGGAAGCCUCAAUGGGCUUGUUUGUGAAUGCGCAAAGAGGGCAGCAGCAAAGGGCUACAAAUUCAUUGGACUGCAAUUCUACGGAGAGUGUUGGAGCGGCCCUAAGUCAGAGAAUUAUGCUCAAGAUGGAGAAGCAAGUACAUGCAUCCAGCAGUACUCCACGCCAUGUGAUGUGGACAACGAAGAACAUCCGUGCGUUGGAAAGGAGUGGACCAAUUAUGUGUACAGAGUAAAGAGCGCAAUCAAGAGCGGACACAAGAGCGCAAUCAAGAGCGGACACAAGAGCGCAAUCAAGAGCGGACACGAGAACGCAAUCGAGAGCGGACACAAGAGCGCAAUCAAGAGCGGAAGCAAGAGCGCAAUCAAGAGCGGAAGCAAGAGCGGAAGCAAGAGCGGAAGCAAGAGCGGAAGCAAGAGCGGAAGCAAGAGCGGAAGCAAGAGCGGAAACUAA